AGAGUUACGAUAGUGUGCUUUCGACGCUUUCUCCGACCGACCGCAACGAAGGGAUAUGUUUGAAUGGGUGGUAUUUGCUCGUGCCGCGUUGGUCGCGGCAGCCAGGUCAACGCCGGUUCGAUCCUCGACCGCGUGAUCAGCCAGGCGAGCAACGAGGAUCAAUGUUUAUUGUACCGGUUGGCUAACUACAAGAAAGGCGGCGAACUGAUCGAGGCGUACAAUCAGGGCGGCCAGCCGGAAGUGGAGAAGCUGAUUCGCGAUCAGUUCGGUAUCUUGAUGUACGCGGACGGCAAGGGCCAGACGAUCAAUCGCGCCGAGUAUCUACGCUGGAAGUUCCGCGACCUCGAGCAGGUCGUCUUGCCGAUCGAGGCCUCGCUGUCGCGUUUCGAUCCGCUGGCACAAUGGAACGAUCACGAGGCCUGCUGGCAGAUGCAGUACAGAGGCUCGCUCGGCGAGACUCUGCUGCACGUUCUCAUCAUAUGCGACACGCGGAUACACACCAGAAUAGCGCGCACCCUGCUCAAGUGUUUUCCGCGAUUGGCCAUCGACGUCGUCGAGGGUGAGGAGUACCUCGGUGCGAGCGCCCUUCACUUGGCGAUCGCCUACAACAACAACGAGCUCGUGCAGGACCUGGUCGAGGCGGGCGCGAUUAUCUCGCAGCGGGCCAUCGGUAGCUUCUUCCUACCGCGUGACCAGCAGAGGAUGAAUCCCGCGAGAAAUACCGAUUACGAGGGCCUCGCGUAUCUGGGAGAGUACCCGCUCGCCUGGGCCGCCUGCUGCGCUAAUGAGAGCGUCUACAACCUGCUGCUUGAUUCCGGCGCGGAUCCUGACGAGCAGGAUUCUUUCGGAAACAUGAUUUUGCACAUGGUCGUAGUUUGUGAUAAAUUGGACAUGUUCGGCUACGCAUUGCGACAUCCGAAGCUUCCUGCUCGCAAUGGAAUCGUGAAUGCCGCCGGCCUGACCCCGUUGACCCUUGCCUGCCAGCUGGGGCGUGCCGAGGUCUUCCGUGAGAUGCUGGAGCUGUCUUCACGGGAAUUCUGGCGUUACAGUAAUAUCACCUGCUCGGCGUACCCUCUCAAUGCCCUCGACACGCUGCUACCCGACGGCAGAACAAACUGGAACUCUGCGCUAUUUAUCAUUCUGAACGGUACGAAGGAGGAGCACUUGGACAUGCUGGACGGUGGUAUUAUUCAGCGAUUACUUGAGGAAAAAUGGAAGACCUUCGCGCGAUUGCAGUUCCUGAAGCGAUUGAUUAUCUUGGUGUUUCACCUGGCCUCGCUGUCCUUAGCCGUGUACUUCAGGCCCGCGGACAUGGAGGCCGUGCUGCUGCAAUGGCCCGAGGAGAUAACGGAUAUCGUUCGCACCGCCGCGGAGUGCAUCACCGUGCUGGGCGUGCUGAACUAUAUCCUGGUGCAGCUAGGCGGCGAAAUGAUCAACGUCGGGCCGCUGUCGUUCCUGAAGCAACUGAGCCACGAACCGGCCAAGUUGAUAUUCGUGAUCAGCAAUCUGCUCAUUCUCGCGUGCAUUCCAUGUCGUAUCGCCGGCAAUCGGCACGCGGAGGAUGCGAUACUGGUGUUCGCCGUGCCGGGCUCGUGGUUUCUUCUCAUGUUUUUCGCCGGAGCGAUUCGAUUGACUGGUCCGUUUGUCACAAUGGUGUACAGCAUGAUAACGGGAGAUAUGCUAACCUUCGGUAUUAUCUACACGGUCAUGCUCUUCGGAUUCUCGCAAUCGUUUUACUUUCUCUAUAAGGGAUUCCCAGGGGUAAAAUCAUCUCUCUAUCAUUCCUAUCCUUCGACCUGGAUGGCGCUGUUUCAGAUAACCCUCGGCGAUUAUAACUACGCCGAUUUGAGCAACACAACCUAUCCCAACUUGAGCAAGACCGUCUUCGCGAUUUUCAUGGUGCUCGUGCCUAUACUGCUGCUCAACAUGUUAAUUGCCAUGAUGGGUAACACCUAUGCGCAUGUUAUCGAGCAAAGCGAAAAGGAAUUCGUUAAGCAGUGGGCAAAAAUCGUCGUGUCUUUGGAACGCGCCGUAUCCCAGAAAGACGCCCAUAAUUACCUACAGGAAUACAGCAUCAAACUGGGACCCGGCGACGAUCCGAACAAUCCCGCGUCGGAACAGAGAGGCGUGCUGGUUAUUAAAAGCAAAUCGAAAACCAGAGCGAAGCAGCGUAAGGGUGCCGUAGCUAAUUGGAAGCGCAUAGAUUUACAAUUGCCCUUGCCGGGAGUGACUCACUGUCAGAGAGACGGUACCCGGACGAUACUUUUUAUCACCUCUCCCAAUGCCGGCCAACCGCAAGUGUCGGCAGUUACUGCAGGUUUUGGUGAUGCGCUAACCGCAGCUUUGGACGUAAUGGCCUUUGCACAUGACUUUGACUUAUCCACCGCGACGGAGGGUAUACCUACCAAUAUCGAUGCGAAGCAGAUGAAAACGACGGUGCAGUCGAAAGUCGCUCUCAACGAGCAGCAGACGAAGACGACCCAAAAUAAUCCGGAAGUGGUUGCAAGUGUGCAACCGCAUAAACAACCCAUUGGGGAGCCAGCGAAAUUAUCAGGUCUCACGGAUUUAAUCGACAAGUCUAUUGAUCCCGUGAAGGACGAGAACGUGGAGGCAAUGAAUUUAAAAAAUGCAAAUUAUACGAAAGCGCUCGAAGAAUCUGUCGAAGAUCCAUUUCUGGAACUCGCUAUCGCUUCCGAGACUACAACAGAUUACAAAACUCUACUGCAAAUGGCGAAGUCCGCUCUAGCCACAAGCGAAGCUUCGAUGAAAACCGCGAUCGACCCGCAAAUUCUAGCACACUUCGCCAUGGUCGCCCCGCCAACCACUGAGAAAUCUACCGUUAAGAAACAAUACUUCAUGGAAUCCAGCGAUAAUGACCUCGGUGGCAGCAAUUUGCUCGGUACUGAGGCUCGUCUUCGAAGAAUAAAAUCUGCAAAUAAUAGAUUCAUUACGACAUCGAGACGGUCACGCCGUGAUGAUGACGACGAUAGUUCCUCGUCUACUACGUCUGUCGAGCAAAGUCAGCGAUAUCGACCGUUACUAAAUAAUCCGGAAGAGAAACUGACGAAUCAUAUCGAGACUGAAGGACAAGGCAUAACCGCCGAAACAAUUAAACCAAACAUCAAGCAGAACGGUGUUCCCACCAAGCCAUCCGAUAAACUUCAAAAACGUCGGCCGAAAACGGCCAAGAACAGAGUAUCGCCUAAGGAAGUUGAGGAGCCGACGAGGAGAAGAGAAUCGAUUGAGCGGAAUAAGACAGCCUCGUCACCGCCAACGUCAUCCUCGGAUCCGCUCGAGCCAUGGAGCACGCGUGGCAUUACCGACAUGAACACGAUAUUGGCCUGGCGAGAGAACGCACUGGACAGUCCUUAAUAUGACUUUAUGACAUUUCGCGCUGCAUCGAUCACGACAUUGGCGCCGACGACGUCGAUGUCAGCGCCAUGGGGUCGCGCACGUGGAUGAUCGCGUAUAAAGAGAUCUCACGCUCGAAUAAAGCCGUUUAUUUUGAAUACCGCGUAAGUCAAGUUUCAAAAAUUCUCAUUCGAGACGUACGGCAAAUUUUGCACGAAUCCCGUUUAACUUUACGACACUUGGAAUGGUCUUUUAAACGUGUCUAAAAUCGCUAAAUGUCUAUGAUUUUAAAAAUAAUCGGAAUGUACGGCCGUUAUAAAUAAUUAUAAGAGCGCAAUAAUUGACGGAUAAAAUUAAUCACCUUUUUAAAUAAUUGGCUUGUUAUCUUUUUUUUUCUAAAGUAAAUUUUGAAACACAGAUUAGCGUUGCUUAAAUUAGCCUUUGAUGAUACCGUUUAAAAAAGUAAAAAAAGAACUUGGGUCUUCGUGAAGACUAUGUAAGCCCGAGCUAAACAAUUUUGUAAAGAUAAGAUGAUCGAUUCAAACCGAUUUACAUAUAUAACGGUAUUGUGUGUAUAAGUAUUGUUAAUAUAGUUUAUUACUCAAUCUUACUCGCGCCGCGCGUAUCUUAUUAUGGAAAACGUGCCGCCAAGUAACAGGCUUCCGUAUGAUAAUUACUAAAGUAAACACACAUGUCGGGGACCAAAUGAUGUUAACUCACCGUUACGUAAUUUUCAGAGGGGUUGCAUGAUGAGAAAUUUUCGUAAUAUACAUACAUGUACAUGUCUAUUAAAAUAAGCCACUGAGGUAUUUCUUAGAGAGAUACAGAACCGUUACGUAGCGUAGGUAACAUACCUUCGUGCUUUACAAGAUAUUUCUCUUCAACUUUGAGGGAGAUUCCUGGAUUUUUACUCUUAUAUAAGAUUUGCCAGUUACGCAAUUAAAACAUUCAGCAAGUUUAGCAGCUUAGCAAGCUGCGAUAUCGUGUGAGAAUAAUUACUUUUCCGUUGGCAAUAUUAACCGAUUUCUUCUUUUCAUCUCAUCUUGUAAUUUAGUCAUGUCAAAGAUUAGACUAAUAUUAAAAAAAUUAUGUUACAUGUUUCGUGUUGGGAGAAAUGGAAAUAUCUUCAAACACUUGUCCGAAUUUCUGUACAAAUAUCUAUAUGCGCAGAUGCUAUUUAUAUAUAAAAUGCGUGAAAUAAAGUAUUUUUAAGUCGA